UAUUGAGCCACGGUCAUUCUAUCCAUCCAAUCGAGCAAGCGAGCGGUGGAGGAUCCCUUGAUCGGCAAUGGCGGCGAUCGUUGGAGCGACGAGCGCAGCAAGAAUGGCGACCAUGGCAGCGGCCCAGCAGCAAAAUGGGGUCAAUCCAGCGCUCCUCUUUGCGAUUUCCAAUUCAUCCAAGCUCGGCGCGUCGUCCAGCGGAUUCAUGUCUGGCGGGAGCUCCAUUGCGAAUUUCCACGCGACGCUGUCGUCUAGAUCGUCGAGCAGCAGCGGCAGAGGAGUGAGAAUGGGAGCUCCUCGCGCGGAGCUGGGCGAUUCCCUGGAGGAAUUCCUGGCCACAUCCACCAAAGACAAGAGCCUCGCGAGGCUGCUCACUUGCAUGGGAGAGGCCAUCCGUACGAUCUCGUUCAAGGUGAAGACCGCAUCGUGCGGUGCCACGGCGUGCGUCAACACAUUCGGCGACGAGCAGCUGGCCGUCGAUCUCCUCGCCAACAAGCUCCUCUUCGAGGCCUUGAGGUUCUCCCACGUUUGCAAAUACGCUUGCUCCGAGGAAGAUCCCGAGCUCCUCGACAUGGGAGGACCCGUGGAAGGAGGAUUUAGCGUCGCAUUCGAUCCACUCGAUGGCUCCAGCAUUGUCGACACGAAUUUCACCGUGGGAACCAUCUUUGGAGUUUGGCCGGGCGAUAAACUCACCGGGGUCACCGGGAACGAUCAAGUCGCGGCCGCCAUGGGAAUCUACGGCCCUCGCACCACCUACGUCAUGGCAAUCAAGGGCCAUCCGGGCACCCACGAGUUCCUCCUCUUGGACGAUGGGAAGUGGCAACACGUCAAGGAGACAACCUCCAUUGGCGAAGGGAAACUCUUCUCGCCAGGAAACCUUCGGGCAACCUUUGACAAUCCACAGUACGAAAAGCUCAUCAAUUACUACGUCACGGAGAGAUACACCCUGCGGUACACAGGAGGAAUGGUGCCGGACGUAAACCAGGUAGAGCUUUUCAUCGUUCUCGAGCUUGAUUUGAUCGAUCGAUACGAGAGCUCUUGUUUCUUCUUCGUCUGUCUGUCACAGAUCAUCGUCAAGGAGAAAGGAGUCUUCACCAAUGUUACCUCACCCAGUACCAAGGCCAAGCUCCGGCUGCUCUUCGAGGUAGCGCCGCUCGGCCUCCUCAUCGAAAACGCCGGAGGAUUCAGCAGCGAUGGCCACCAAUCAGUCCUCGACAAGCUCGUUGUCAACACCGACGACAGGACGCAGGUCGCCUACGGUUCCAAGGCCGAGAUCAUCCGCUUCGAAGAGACCCUCUACGGAUCCUCCCGGCUAGCAAAAGUUGCCGCCGCCAAACUUGCCUAGCCGCAUUUCCAGAGAACUCAAUGAAGACUUAUUCUCCCA